AAGCAGAGAAGAAGAAGAAGCAAGCCACGCCUUAUCGAACCAACAGCUCGAUGUCCGGACAACAACAGCAUCACACAUUCCCCGAAACACAGAGGAAAUAACUUUCAGACAUGUUAUUACUGUACCUGACACUUUCCUGCGUCACGUUUAUUGUAAUGACAAGGUAACAAAGGAUUACAGGGGAUCAUACUCCUUUGAUAUUCCUACACAGGCCGAAUACCUGAAGUUCAUUCCCCUUCAAAGUGUAGACCUGCCACAGGUCCUGUGGAAUCGCUCCGACCCUGCCACAAAUACGGGAGGAAGAGGGCGGCUGAAGCGUGGUACCUGGGAAAUGAAAAACCUUAAUCAGGAUGACAUGGGCCACUACCACACCAUAGGAAAAGACAACGCUUUGCUGGGUUGGGUGUCGCUCAAAGUAGUAGCAACCAAGGACAACUAUAAAAUAAAGGAGCAAGAGUCGCUACUCAUGCUUUAUCCUUUUUCUGAUACCCUGUGGACUGUCACUUUUAAAGCUGAGGGGGAGAAGUACGAGGAAACAUUGUUGAAAGCAGGCAGACAGCACAGAGGGUAUCAAUCGGACUCAGGUCAUUGGACUAUACCAGAUAGGACUCAGCUUAAGGCCCAUGGCAUAGAGAUUUCUCCUGUGGAAGUCUCUGACUCCGGCACUUUUAGGUUCAGAGACCAGGGUGGCCACCUGGCUAAGAUUGUGGAGCUGGUGGUAUACGGGGAUCCAGACCAUACUUUUGUUUUUGUUGGUAUUGCUGUCGGAAUAUUCUUGGCGCUGUUAUUCUGCUGUUGCUGUGUGAGAAAGUGCUGCUGUCAAAAGAGCUCCUCUAAAGUGGUGGAGACGGCUCCUCCCACUGCAACUGUACCUGCAUCGUAUUACCCUGCUGUGAAUCAACCUGCAGGCACAAUACACACUGCUAGACCUGCUAACAAUUACUCCUAUCAGCCUUAUUCCCAGGCUCCCAGAGGACCUACAGCUGAGCCGUCGGUGAAUGUCCACGUGAACCCCCUUCAGCCUGAGGGUGCUCCUCUAGGAAGGCAAGAAGUUGAUGGAGGCUCCGCACCCGGCUCUAGUUUCCUGUCCUCAGAUCCUGGGCCCAGGUUUGAGAUGAAACUGACUUCCCCUCUCCCCCUCAGUGCAGAAUCAAAUUUCCCGCAUGUUUAUACCUCUGCGAAACUCAACUUUUUGUAAGAAGCCAAAUGAAAAUGUCCAGAGAUGCUGAGUUUUCAUUCAGCAUUGUGCUUUGUUACUAUACUAAUUAGUUAUUUAUUAGGUCUGCAUAAAAGGUGUACGAGAUAAGGGACAUGUACACAUACACACUUUGUUGACACAUCACCUGAUAGUAGGAUAAAAACCAACAAAAACCUGCUGAAAACAAAGGGUUUUGAGACCAGUUCAAAAGAUAGAUAGAUAGAUAGAUAGGUACUUUAUUGAUCCCAAUUUGGAAAUGUUUGCGUUGCAUCAACAUAAAAAACACAAGGCAAUGAAAUUAAGACACAGAAAUAAACAAUCCAAUAUAUUUCAGAAAUCAAAUAAAUAUUUAGCAUUAACAAAAAUUAAAAAAUCAUAUAUAUAUAUAUAUAUAUAUAUAUACAUGUGGAAAUACAAAUUUCCAGUAACAAAAAAAGUAACUCUUGAUAACUCUUUGCUACCCAACAGUAGAGGGUACAUUUGAAUUUUAAGGUAUAAAUCAAUUAAAAUCGGUUCCUACAAAUGAUCACGGUAUUUUGUUUACAGGUAAGAAGAACAAAGGUCUCUUACUUAUUACUGUAGCUCCACACUGUAUCGUUAACGUAGAGGGAACUGCCAUUACACACAGCAUAUCUGUGUUAUAUUCUAUAUAAAUGCCUCUGCCAUUAACUCAGGGUGUUUUAAAAAUGCAUCAUGUACACUUUGCCAUACUGCCUAAUAUAUUGCAGGGCAUAGAGAGAUAACAGUAUUGUGAGGACUGGAAGUGAAUCUGUGUAGCAGAUUUGAGAAAGUAGAGGAUUUAAUACAGAUUUAAACACUCAGGGAUUAUCCACUACUUUAAAUAAAAUACACUCAAUAUAAAUAUAAAUGUUUUUAUAUGGUUGUCUCAUAUCUCCAUUGGGCAAAUUCUGCCUCAUAUGUAUCAGCGUGCCUGUAGGGCUUUAUCAUUACGUGUUUAGAAAUUAUGUGAUCUUUUUUAUUGGUGUUUUUCUUUGUCAAAAUGUAAAUCCAUACUGGAAACUGUUACCCUCAAAAUAUUUAGUUGUCUAUUUGUAGAUGUUGUGUAAGGUGGAGCUUUUUGACCAUAGGUUCUUCUUGUGGCUUUGAGAAACUACCUGCUCAUUAAGCCAUCUAAUCAUAGUCAAAUUAAAACAAACACAUGUCUGCAUGACAUGUAAAAAGGUGUUACUAUAUUUUGACUAUGAAGUUUUUUAAUAUAGUAUUUCUCUUGGUUUUUGAAUGUUAAAAAAUGAAUUGCCUUACUGGACUGUAUUGCAUCCCAGAGAAAAGCUGCAAUUACCUGUAUGUACCAAGGUAAUGUAAUGUUGUGUCAAAUUGUAUCCGAAACUAAAUUGAUGCAUUAUUGUAGUGUCAAGUAGUAUAAGCAUGCAUGUGUGUAUAACAAUAGAAACACAAGUACAAGUUUUCAAACAAUCAUAGAGUAAUAACCAAGAUAUAAUUAUUUAAUGUGACGGUGCAUAAGUUCACAGAUGCAACUCUUUAUGGUUUGGAAUUAUUGUGUCUCUAUUAUUGCCUUCGUGUUGCUUGGUGAGGGCACUGAAACCCUGUUUUUGCAAUAAACCUAUAUUUUCUGAUCACUUAAGAAUUAUUUUUUGUUUUUUUUCAAAAAGAUGAAUGUGUUUUUGUUAAUGGUUUGGUCUUAUACCUUCUUAUUUUGAAUUAUAAAGGGCACUGUUGAAAAUACAUCAUGUCACAUGUCUCUUCUUUUUUGCAUGCACGUGACAAGGGGCUUCCCUCUUUUGAUUACAUCUGAUGAAUUCUAGAUGUAGCAGAGCAGGCUGUGUUCCUGUGAAACCAUUAAAGGAGUUAUCCAGCAUUUUAAUGUAACAUUUCAUACAAACUGGAGGACAAUGUUCUACUUUUAAUGGAGAUUUUCUGAUUUUCUAUUUGACUAAUUUGGUUAUUAAACUGAUAAAACAAGGUUAA